GUGAUCGUAGUACAGUCUGCUAGGCAAUCCGAAUUUGUCAGUGUUUUAUUUAUGUUAGUUUUUAAAAAUAAUAAAAGUGUUUCCGAUCUGAAAACCUCGAGUUGAAUAUUAUUUGAAGUCUACUUCGUUCUUACAUUGGAAAAGUACUCAGACACGCAGACCUUUWGUUAAUUUGGUUUAUGUAAACUGAAUAGCGCUAUACGGUUGUGGAUCCUAAUUCCUAAUAGAAAUUUCCAAUUGUAGAGAACCACGUAAAGAACUAAAGACCUCUACAGUGCCUUGCCUAUAGUAGAUUCACCACGUAUCAUAUCCGUUUGAUACAACUGUUGUGUACUUCAACACUACCAACAUGUAAAUAUGAGGGAUUUAAAUUAAACACCGUAUUGAUUUUCUAUAAAAAUUAAAUUUGCGAUAAAUAUUAAAUAAAUGAUACACUUCUUCCGAGAAAUACCAUCAUGUUUACUCAAGACAUUCUAUCUACUCACAUUCAAGCCACAAUACAAAUUACAGGAUGCUGUUUUCGAUUCACCCAAGUUUUGAAAAUACUUAAUAAUUAUUAUUUUUCUAUUGAUAAAUAUCGGCAACUUAGUCAUUAGUAUUUUGUGAGGAACUGAGGAGUAACGAUUGGUAGAGACUUGAGGAAUUCGUAUAUGUGAGGCGAGGAUUGGUCAUUAAGAAUCCGRGUGGUCAUCCAUCCGUAAUCUAGYAACGACGUACAUAAUAUAAUUAAAUUAAAACAGUAAAAGGAGGAAAAAUGAACAGACUGCUGAAAAUGUGCGAACGGCAGCAUGUUUUCAGGAUUAAAUAAUAUUAUGUAUUUGUCAACGAGAAAAAAAAAUCACCUUGAUUAAUCAAAAUGUAUCAUCAACGUGAUAUUUUAAAUUAUUCACAUGUUUUUGACAACAAAUAAUUUYUCUUCAUUGUUGUUGGCUGUACCUGUAGUUAUUGAUCUAUGUUCAGUGUCCUCCAAAGUCCAAAUUUUAUGUUGUUUGUGAUAAAUAUUCAAAACCAUAGCUAUCAUGAGUCUCUGUAAUUUGUUGAGGGUUCCACCCAUAUUUAUUAUGGAUGAACUCUUUAAAACUAGUUUCGGAUUCCCAGAUUUGGCAGAUAUAGUAUUUCCAGAAAAUAAUGACUUUGUUAAUAGCACACUCAGUCAGAUUGAGAUCAGCGAGUCCACACAAUAUUACAAGGCCAUAUUUCUCUCCUUCAUCAAAAUAAUUGUUUCCUGUUUGAUAUUUUGUUCAUCAUCAUGUUUAUUUGUUCUACCUGCCAGAUACUUAUACCUAGUAUACUUUCAUGUAGUUUCUGUCUGUAUUGUACUUCUUUCUUAUUGGGCGAACAUACAAACAUUGAAAGUCAUAUAUGGAAAAUACGAAAACUUUGAAACUGAUGCAUUAAAUAAAGAUAUAACAUGGGAUGUAGAUGGAUUUUUAUAUAUUUUUUCAGAAUUACAAAUCGCACAUUUCUUAUACCUGUUAAUCCGCAAUUUAAUCCUUCAGUGUUGUCUAUCAUUAGUAUUUGACUUUUUACAAGUCUUUACUACAAAUCAAUCAAUCCAUAAAGUUUUCAGCUUUAGCUUUACCAUACCUACUUUAGUCGCAUUUUUACCCGGUACAUGGAGACAUGGAUUUUUGAAUACAGUAACGGUGUUAUCAACAUUGUUGCCAUUGUUUAUUAUGCUAAAAACAUUAUGGUUAAAUCUAUUUACAAUUACAAAUUUAAUUCAUAAUGGAUAUAAUCGGACACGAGAGACCAUCAAUAAUUACGGAAUAUCUGCUUUGGUGGAAGUGGAAUGGAUUCGUCUCCAAAUUCCAAGUGUUCUACGAAUUUUUUGGGCCAUAAGAGUACUGGAACAAAUUCUAUACCUAUUAACUGAUAURGAAAUACAAAAUGAAACAUUGUUUGGGGUUGUGAAAUAUUUGUUAAUUAAAGGAUGUGAUACAUUUACUGCAGUUUUAGGAAUGACAAGUUUUGUAUCAUACUUUUGUCAUUAUAUAGGAGCAUUUUUCCAAUGGGUGCUGUUAACUGAAGAUGUGGAUGACAAAAGCAUUGGUACAAUUUCUGCAGUAUUAUUUUAUAUACUAGCUUUGCAGACUGGACUAACAGGUUUAGAUCCAGAAAAGCGUUUUAUAAGACUCUAUCGUAAUGUUUGUUUACUUUGUGCUGCCCUACUACAUUACAUUCAUAAUGUGGUUAAUCCAUUGUUAAUGUCUUUGAGUGCUUCACAUAAUCCUUCACUUAAUAGACAUUUAAGAGCACUUUUAGUUUGCGGAUUUCUUAUAGUAUUUCCAAUCACUAUGUUAACAUACUUGUGGUCACACCAUUCAGUUAGCACUUGGCUACUAGCAGUUUCUUCUUUCAAUAUUGAAAUUAUUAUAAAAGUAUUGGUAUCAUUAGCUGUUUAUUCAUUAUUCUUAAUUGAUGCCUAUCGCACAACGUUUUGGGAGAAACUUGAUGAUUAUGUGUACUAUAUAAAAUCAUUUGGCAAUACUGUGGAAUUUUGUUUUGGCAUCUUUCUUUUUCUGAAUGGUGUUUAUAUUAUGGCUUUUGUGUCUGGUGGUGCAGUCCGUGCAUCCAUGAUGUGUAUACAUGCAUAUUUCAACAUAUGGUGUGAUGCUAGAGAUGGCUGGAGAGUAUUUAUUAAACGCCGUACAGCUGUGAAAAAAAUYGAAUCUUUACCAGAAGCAACUAGCGUUCAAUUAUCUGAAUUAGAUGAUGUCUGUGCCAUAUGUUAUCAAAAUAUGGAAUCAGCAAAAAUUACUAAAUGCAAUCAUUAUUUCCAUGGUGUAUGUCUGCGUAAAUGGCUCUAUGUACAGGAUCGAUGCCCAUUAUGUCAUGAUAUUUUAUACAAAGCAGAAACGUCAAAUGUCCAGACACAAGAUACAAACCACCUUCAAGAUCUCCAAAAUGUUAUUGAUGCUGAUAAUUCUUAGUUAUUUUUUAUUGAUUGAAUUUGAUCAUAAACCUCUAACAAAUUUGACAAUUUUAGAAUAUAAUUAAAAUAUUUGAUUUAAAAAAAAUUAAUAAUAUACUCUGUACAUGUUUACUUUCAAGUGGCUCUAAAUUUUAUACAAUUCAUUUAAAAAAAUUCUAUAUAUAUUUUUAGAAUUUUAAAUUUAAAAUAAAAAGAUUAAAAAAUUUAUAUUAUUACUCAAUAUAGCAGUGGCCCCACACAACAAAAAAGGUAGUGUGGCGAAUAUUAAAUUUUAAUAGUACCUAUUCAUAUACCUAACCUAACCCUAACAUCAUAUUAUAUUCACRCAUAUAWAUAUUUUUGUGUAAUGAAUUAUCAAUAGUAUAUCAAUGUAUGAUAUAGGUGUUCACUUACUAUUUUAAUCCAAUCUCAUAUUUACGCAUGGACUAUAGGUACCAAGCUGUGUCAUCUACCCAGUAAUUACCCCCCAUAAAAUACACGAUUGCAGUCGCUAUACUCGAGUAUAGGGUUUGGUGCCACUGCAAAUUGAGUAAUAUAUGUUAUACAGAUAUUACAUUUGCUGAAUGUAAUUCAAAUAUUUGUAAAUUUUAUACCACACUUGUUUAAUGUAAAGCUUAUUAAUUCUAUUGAUUUAUUUUCAAUAAUUGUUUGAAUACAUCACUUAUAUAUUUGUUUUAUGUUUAUAUUUAUUAAAGCUAUAUUUUAAAUGAUAUGAAUAGAAUUAGUAAUAAUCUGAAUUGAAAUACCUCGUAAAACAUAAUACCUA